CGUGCUCGGGCCGCCAUGUUUGAGCAGGGCGCGGCCCUCCCUGCACACAUCGGGGAGGGACGGGUGCGCGCGGACGGCAGCGGAGGGACAAGAGACAGGACCCUCCUCACCAUCUCCCAGACAAAGCAGCGGAGAGAGGGGCCGCGGCACGGCUCCGCCACCGGCCGCGGCGCUCCUUCCGCUCAGAGCAUCGCUCUGCCUUUCCCAAAGAUGGCGACGCGGGAUUCGCCCCACUCCAAGAUGGCAGCGGGGCGGCCCCGCCCCGGGGCGGCGGAGCGGCGGCGGCCGGGGUGUCCUUGCGGCGGGCCGGCCCGGGGUGCGGGGCCAUGCUCGCCUUGGCGGCCAGGGCUGCGCACAUUGUCAGGUGGAAGAGGAGACCCAGACAGGCCGAGGGAGAGCUUUACGGUCUUUUCUGUCCUACCGGCCAUGGAUAGGAAGCAGAAGCAAGCAGAGAAGGCCAGGCCCCGUGGCCUGCUGAAGCAGACAGCUCUGAACAAGAUCGUGGGCAGGUUCCAGCUCCACCAGGAAGCACUGCCCCAGCUGCCCGUGCCCCCACUGCAGCAGACUCUGGAUCGGUACCUGCUGGCCCUGCAGCCCAUCGUCAGCCCCGAGGAGCUGAGCCACACGCAGCAGCUGGUGGCUGAGUUCCGCAAGCCGGGAGGCGUCGGGGAGAGGCUGCAGAAAGGCCUGGAGAGAAGAGCCAGGAAAACAGAGAACUGGCUCUCAGACUGGUGGCUGAAGACAGCUUACCUGGAAUAUCGCUUGCCAGUUGUGGUCCACUCCAGCCCAGGUGUGGUUUUACCUAAGCAGGAUUUUCUGGAUCGACAAGGUCAGCUCAGGUUUGCUGCCAAGCUGAUCGAGGGUAUCCUGGAUUUCAAGGCCAUGAUUGACAAUGAGACCCUUCCAGUGGAGUACAUGGGUGGGAAGCCCCUCUGUAUGAACCAGUACUACCAGAUCCUCUCAUCCUGCCGCAUUCCCGGGCCCAAGCGGGACUCCAUUGUCAACUAUGCCAAAGGCAAAAAGCAGUCCAGGCACAUCACAGUUGUUCACAACUUCCAGUUCUUUGAGCUGGAUGUUUACAACAGUGAUGGAUCUCCCCUUACUGCUGACCAGCUCUUCAUUCAGCUGGAGAAGAUUUGGAAUACCUCCCUCCAAACAAACAAAGAACCUAUUGGAAUUCUCACCACCAACCACCGAAACAGCUGGGCAAAAGCCUACAACAACCUCCUGAAAGAUAAGACCAACAAGGAAUCGGUGCGUACGAUUGAGAAGAGCAUCUGCACCGUGUGCCUGGAUGCCCCCAUGCCCCGCGUGUCCGAGGACAUCUACAAGAGCCGCGUGGCUGCGCAGAUGCUGCACGGUGGCGGCAGCCGCUUGAACAGCGGCAACCGCUGGUUCGACAAAACCCUGCAGUUCAUUGUUGCUGAAGAUGGCUCCUGUGGUCUCGUAUAUGAGCAUGCUCCCUCUGAAGGCCCACCCAUCGUUGCUCUUCUGGACCACAUUGUGGAGUUCACGAAGAAACCCGAGACGGGCAAAUCGCCGACAGUUCAUCUGCCAGUGCCCAAAAAGCUGCGGUUUAACAUCACCCCAGAAAUCAAGAAUGACAUAGAGAAGGCAAAGCAAAACCUCAACAUAAUGGUUGAAGAUCUGGAUAUCAAAGUCAUGGUCUUUCAUCAAUUUGGGAAAGGUUUCCCCAAGUCAGAGAAGAUAAGCCCUGAUGCUUUUAUCCAGCUGGCCUUGCAGCUGGCAUACUACAGGAUGUACGGCCGCGCCUGUGCCACGUACGAGAGCGCGUCACUGAGGAUGUUCCGCCUGGGCCGCACCGACACCAUCCGCUCCGCCUCGGUGGACUCCCUCAAGUUUGUGCAAUCCAUGGACAGCCCUGACAAAUCGGACCAGGAGAAAGCAGACCUGCUGAGGAGAGCCACGCAGGCCCACCGGGAAUACACAGACAUGGCCAUACGGGGCAAUGCAAUAGACCGGCACCUCCUGGGGCUGAAGCUCCAGGCAAUCGAGGACCUGGUGAGCAUGCCUGAGCUCUUCAUGGACACAGCCUAUGCUGUUGCAAUGCACUUCAAUCUCUCAACCAGCCAGGUCCCAGCCAAGACAGAUUGCGUGAUGUGUUUUGGUCCCGUGGUUCCAGAUGGCUACGGAGUGUGUUACAACCCUAUGGAGGAACACAUCAACUUUGCAAUUUCAGCCUUCAAUAGCUGUGCUGACACAAACGCAGCCCGCAUGGCACAUUACCUUGAGAAAGCACUGCUAGACAUGAGGAUCUUGCUCCAGGCUGCUCCCAAAUCCAAACUGUAAGAGGGAAACCCCCCAGUUAAAUGGGCUAUCCCUGAUGCACUGAAGCUCCCAGUUCCUCAGAAAACGAUUCAGAGAACAGCUUGCCCUGGAACCUAAGGAGAUAUCUGCCAUUUGUUUUCAGCAAGAUGUUACAGAAUAGUCACCCACAGCUGUCAGACUCUGUAGUGAGAGGAAACACUGCCUCAAACCAAAGUAGAACUGAGAGGGCCUCUCCCAUCAAUGCAAAGUGCACCUUCCUGUCCUCAAAGAGGACGCAAAUAUGAUUUUUAUGAAAACUACUGUAAGGGAAGACAGAAAGCACAGUCCUUGCCAGUAUCUAAAUCCAUUUGGUGAGGAAGGUAGUUCUUGUCCAUGAAAAGCAGGGAAUAUUUAUUGUAUGAUAGAACUACUGUAAAACCAAGUCUUUUUCCUGGUUUCAUCUUCUGAAGAGCAUCUUCCAGUCUUGAGUGAAGAUUUUUCUACUGCUCCAGCAAAGCCUCAUCAUUCAGCUUCAGCAAGGGGAGAAGGAAGUUAAGCCAGAGCAGAUCCAGUCUCGUUAGAGUACACUGAACUACUUAUCCCAGGCACUCCAACCAGUACAGGCUCUACAGGAAUGUUCCCUUCCCCUUGUUCAAGACACUGGGAUCGCCUUCGUCUAACACUGACCCUCUUAACAACAGGACAUGAUUUGAUGCAAACUAAGGUGAUUUUUACUGUUUCAGGUUAUUUUUGUUGUUGUUCUUGCUCUGGGCUUUUUGUUAAGCUUCCUGCCAUGGUCCUAUCAUUGAUCAUGCAGCUCAGCCUUAAGCUUUUUCCCCAUAAAGCUUCUAGGAAACUCUCCUCAUGUAAGUUUUGCCAGCUUUGGCUUUAUGUACCUUCACAGCUGCAGAGAUGAGAAGGAAUUUCUUAGGCAUUUAGCAGGACACUUGCUCCAUUACACUUUUUUGGAGCUGAGGAAAAGAAAAAGAUGCUGACUCUUUAUUAACAAGCCACAUGCCUGAUGUCCUUCAGGACACACACAUUAACCCAGUGUGGUUUUACACCUUGCUUUCAGAAACAGCCUUUUUGUGCACAAUGUUAUGCCUGAGCUGUGGACAAAGAAGGAUGUUUCUGACUGGGAACUCCAGAACAUACUUCCAUUCCUGGCCCAAGAGCUGAAAUCUGUUAAAGGGCAAAGGAAAAACAGCUGCAGAAACCCUUCUUUCACUCUGCUGUGACAAGGCAGAAAAUCUUGAAAAACAGGAAGAAAGCUGUAGGUUUUUUUUCUGCACUGUGGCAGCCACUGUUCCUGCACAGCACCUUUUCUGCCACUCUGGGGAGUUAUUUCUUACUGAAAUACUACUCCAAUUUGUGCCAGCUUUAUUCUGUGAGAGAAUGAUCUCAUCUGAUCCUGUUUUUAUGUUCAGUUGACAAACUUGAGACAGUAAAAGAUUAUAUAUAAACAUUAACAUACAAUGGUAGCAUAGGAACUACUUCCAACCAAUCUGUCAGAACCCAGGCUCCUGACUACACUUUUAUUUAGUAAAACCAUAUGGUAAUAAAGAAUUCUAGUGCUCUUUCUGCAGUAGGACUUCUGUAUUUAAAUUGCACACCCUUCAAGAUGUGUCUGCUGGGAUGUCACCAUAAACAAGAAGCAUUAGGAGUGCGAUGGCCUGUUUUGCUAACAGGGAAAUAAUUGCAAGGGACAUGAUCAAAGUGCCUUGAUGAACAUAUAUGAACAAAUUUGCACUAAAGCUUUUUAAAGUAAAAGAAGAAAAAAAAUUCUGAUUUGCUUCUCAAAAUAUACAUGCCAAUGCUUUGGCAUUUUUUUUUUCCUGAAAGGAUGUUAUUUCAAAGCUUCUAUCUUAUGCCUAAUAACAUACCUUAAAAGAGGAAAAUUUAAUUGAAACUCACCUGCACAGCCAGUGAUUGUACUGAACUUGAGUGAACUGCCACUUUCACAUCAUCUACAUGGAUUUAGUUGAUCUUUUAGAAGAAUCCUGAAUGGAGUGAGACAGCCUAAAAACAUGAAUAGGAGCACUACAGACCUGCAAGCAGAAAUCCCUGCUCUGGUCACUCCUCUGUAUCAAUCAGACUGAAAACUGCAAGAGGAUACUCAGUAUUAUCAAACUCUAAGUGAUUGUGUAAAUACUACAGACAAGAACAAACCUUACUGGAAUAACAUCUGGAUUUAUGGAGCCUUUUACAUGGGAAAAAUAUUCCUUUUGCCAAAGUAAUCCUCCCCCCAUACUGAAUCAGCCUCUGUUACCAGGGGAUGAAUUAUUUUUCCAUGUCUGCAAUGCCUUCAAGCACAAGCAGCGCCACUGAAGUAUUUGAGACUGGCCCUUUUCCACUUCUGUCUCAAAGGGGAAGGCUCUCAAAGCAAAGUGCCUGGUAAAGACUGAGCAUAAGCAUGUGCUGCUGAAGACUGUACCUCAGAAGAUUGGAUUGAUCUACUCUGGAUCUAAAUCUGGACAUCCCACUAGCUUCAGCAGAUUACAGCUGCAGGGAGCAGACUGAAAGAGAUCCAAGAUUCAUAAACCACCUUAUUAAAACACAGAGCUGAAAUUCAGAUGAAUGAGGUUGAUUUUUAAAGUGCUUGCAAGGACACUAAAAUCAUUACAAGGUUUUUCCUUUAAAAAGUCUUUUCUUACUGUACAAGUUCUAAAAUGUGAUGUCCUUCUGGUUUGUAUCUUCAAGAUUUUUUCACUGUUGACUUACUGAAUAAUGUUCUCCCUGUUUCUGAUUGUUUUAUCAAGAGAUGUCACUUGUCUUAAAGGCACAUUAAGUAGAAGAAACUAAAACUCCAGAAAAAUGACCAGUUCGGAACAAAUUAUUUCAGAAAUUCAUAGACUGAAAAUAUUCAGAUAACUCUUGGGGUGAGUGCAAUUUUUGACACAGCCUGAUAGUGUUGCAUGUUUUGUUGGUUAGCUGUGUUAAAUACUGUUGGGUAGUGGGAUCCAUGUCAUGCAAAGUUUGGAAACAUUUGUUGAAUAAACUGGGACACAAUAAACAGAUAAAUGCUA